UGUACCACACUAUCACUGGAUCAAUUAAUGGUUUUCUCCUAACUGGUAAUUACAGUCUCCAUGGAGGCGGUUUGAAACUAAAGAUAACUGAAUUCAGAGCAGAAUUAUUAACCAUGGUCACUCUACAAAAACCUCUUGUUGUAGACAUCAGCAUCUAUGAGCACAGUAAUGAAUCAACCUUUACUGUUUGCAGAUUUGUUUUGCUUGGCCUUGCUUGAGUUUUCGUCACCUUUGUCCCAUACCAAGGACAGCAGUAUCAUAAUAAGCCUUUUAUAACCAAGGGACUCUCCCAUAGUUACAGACAACAGCAGCCAUAAACCUGGUAGACUAAACUACACAUAAACUAACUCUGCAAUUUGUAAACUUUACAGAUGAUGUUGUAAAAAAUAAAAUUUGUCCAUUAAGUAGCAGGUUUUUCGAGCAGACUUCCAUGCAGAGUAAAAACCACAGUUUUUUUUUAAAUCUGUUUUUAUUCCUUUUGUUGUUGUGUUAUGGUUGUUGUACGUGUAUUAAUUGUUUAUAUCUUGCUGCAAAUACUGUAAUAAAGAUCUAAUGAGGUAGUGAGCUGAAACAUACAGUAUAAAGCAAUACAAUUCAAUUGCAUUAGAAACUACAGCAUAAUAAACAAAUAAUAAACUAUAAACAGGCAACUUAAUUUAAACAGGUGCCAAAUAUUCCCAAGGUGUGUACAUUUAAAAACAUCUCAACAAAAUGGUUAAGACAGUUUUUUUCACCAUCAACACCCAAAAGAUACUUUUUCCUCUUUAUAGAGAGCUUUAAGUAAAUUUUCUUUCCAUAAAUAAUCAAAAUGUUGAAUACUAAUGUGAUUUAUGCAAAUGAGUAUGCACAAUAUGUAUUUCCCUUGAUGUAGUUUUGACUGUAUUGUGGAUGUACUGUAAUGAUUCCUGACAUUGCUGAUUGCCACCUGCGUCAUGUACCUUUGACCACCCAACAGAUCACUGCUUCAUCUUCUCUUCAGAGGACAGACCGCACAUGUUCUCUUGAGUCAUUCUUAACACGAGCCAUAGUUAAAUAACUCAGCCUUUAGGCUCACCUUUGGCCUGUCAAAGUCCCCUCAGAGACAGGGAGAGGGCGAGGGGGAAGGGGGAGGGAGUGAGGAGGAGAAGGACAGGUUGAAGAUACAAGAUAUAUCAGCUAAGCAGUGACAGGUGAGCUCUUUGGACCAGGACACCAAGCAGAGACGAGCUGGACAUGGCUGGGUACAAGCCCAAGGUGAUUUCUCUAACCAAGAGGCCGGGUCAGACAUAUGGCUUCUACUUGAGGGUGGAGCAUGGAGAGGAUGGUCACCUGAUCCGCUGCCUGGAAAUGGGAGGUCCAGCUGAACUGGCUGGCAUGAAAGAUGGAGACCGCAUCCUACGAGUUAAUGGAGCAUUUGUUGAUGGACUGUCCCAUUCAGAGGUGGUGGACCUGGUGAGAAACAGCGGGGCAACCGUCGCCUUCCACAUCUUGGAUGAAGCUUCCUACAAGCAAGCGAAAUCAGAGGGAGUAAACCUGUCUAACCCUCACAACACACCAGUUGCCAAUGGUGUGGCCAAACAGGCACCAAAACCCAAACUCUGCUACUUGGUCAAGUCCACGUCAGGCUACGGGUUUUCUGUUCGCUCGGUCAAAGGUGAGCAGGGUUUGUUCAUGACAGACGUGCUAUCAGGAAAUGUGGCGGAUAGGGCAGGGGUCAAAGAAAAUGACCGUCUGGUGGAAGUCAACGGGGUGAACGUGGAGUACUACACACACGAACAAGUGGUGGACAGGAUCAGGCUGGCAGGCAGUAGCAUCAUGUUCCUAUUGGUUGACAAGGAAACAGACAGGUACUACCAGAACAAGCGUAUCAAGAUAGAAGCCUCAUUAGCUACAGUCAGUCAUCUCCCUCACGAGCCAUGCAUCAUUGACAUGACCAAAGGAUCUAAUGGGUAUGGUUUCCUGCUCAGAGAGGAGCCAACCCAAACAGGACAUCUCAUCAAGGAUAUAGACAGAGGCAGUCCAGCAGCAAGAGCAGGUCUGAAGGACAGAGACAGGUUGGUGGCUGUGGACGGUGAGGAAGUGGACAGCUACAGCCAUGAGCAGGUGGUGGAGAGAAUCAGGCAGAGUGGCAACAAGUGCUGCCUCCUAGUGGUGGACAAAGACACGGACAUAAUGUAUAAGAAGGGGAGAGUGUCUCCUAUGCUUUUCUGGGAGGAGAGGAAGGACUCCCUCUUUCCGCCUAGUUACACAGAGGCUCUCAAUUUACCUGUUCCUGUCCGACCACUUGCACCUGUUCAGGAGAGAGAAGAGGAGCUCAAGCCUAAACUGUGUAAGAUGGAGAAGACUGCAGCUGGCUAUGGCUUUCACCUAAACGGCAUCCAGGGUGUGUAUGGUCAGUACAUCAAAGAGGUGGUGAAGGGUGGAGCGGCUGACAGGGCAGGUCUGGAGGACGACGACAUUGUGGUGGAAGUGAACGGUGUGAAUGUGGAGCAGAGCAGCCAUGAAGAGGCAGUGGCUAUGAUUCGCAACAGCGGCAACUCUCUGGAGAUGCUGGUGGCUAAAAAGUGCGUCUAUGACCAACUUAAAGCUAAAGGAGUGGCUAUCACACGCCUGCUCCUCGGGGAAGCAUCCUAUGUUCAAGUCCACUCUGCAGACAUUCCAGAGGCCUGUAAGGAGGAGAAACAUGAGAGACCAGGAAGACCAGAAACUCCCACUGAACCAGCGAGAGAGAGGACCUCAUCUGUGUCAUCAUCUUCAUCUCAGGACACCAUCGAUGAGAGACUUUGAGAAGCCCACUUUAUGGACACGUUUCCUGAACUAGCCUUUCUCAAACCAAUGUUGAUCCAUCAUUCUAUUUUUUUAAGAAUCAGCUUUAUGGGCUUUACACAUCCAAAUAAGAUCACAGAAUAGACAAAGGAGAGAACAGAACAACGACUAUAAUUCACCUUUAAAAUGUCUAGCAUCUUUCAAUCAGAAGAAUAGUUUCAUCCACUGUAUGAGCACUGAGAACAAAAACAUGUUCCUGAAUACUUUUGUCUUCCUUUGACGCCAACAAUAGAUUGUUGAUGAACCUGAACAAUGAACAGUGAUGUCUUUCUCAUACCUGAGAUUACCAAUGUUACUAAGAUUAAAACUACAGCCCCAAGAACUAAGACCAACACUAAUAAUGUUGCCAGUAAAUACAGUGGCCUUUUAUGGGGUUUCUCUUUAUUAACACUACUGCAUUUAUUUUAUUUA